UAGCCGACAACUUGUAUUUGUUAUUGAAUUUUUCCGCCUAGUAAUUCGUGGGUAUUAGUGAAAAGCAAGCGUGAAUUAAGCACCAGGAGCGUGAGGCUUUGUGAUCAAUGUGUGAGUGUGGUAAGAGUGGUGGGCAAAGCUGUGGCGGUGGUGUGAUUUGGUUGGCGGCGUAAGGCUGUGAACACUGAGCAGGCCAGCCAUUGUGAGAACCCCUCAACUCCUUCUUUUUCUGCUGCUGGACGUAUUAUGCUGCCCACUCAGUCACUACUUUAACUUCAAGGAGUAGAAAACUAUACUUUUUGAAGAUUUUUGAUGACUAAAGCAGUCCCCCAACCUCUCUGCGUGAGUUACAGGAAAAGUCAACAGCAUGGCAACAGCUGGACCAAGUAGCAGCAGCAGCCACAGUGAGAGCAGCAAUAAUGCAUCAGGUGGUGCUGAGGGAGGCGAGGAUGAGGCCCCAGAUAAUUCCAACUUUGAAUGUAAUAUCUGCCUGGACACAGCCAAGGAUGCUGUCAUCUCUAUGUGUGGACACCUUUUCUGCUGGCCUUGCUUGCACCAAUGGCUGGAGACACGACCUAACAACCAAACCUGUCCUGUGUGCAAGGCAGCCAUCUCCAGAGACAAGGUGAUUCCUCUUUAUGGUCGAGGUUCUGGAAACCAGCAGGAUCCCAGAGACAAGCUGCCACCCCGCCCUCCAGGUCAGCGAACUGAACCUGAGCCCCAGAACAGCUUUAUGCCAGGCUUUGGUUUUGGGGAUGGUGGUGGUUUCCAGUUCCACUUUGGCAUUGGUGCCUUCCCAUUUGGAAUAUUCACUACCUUUAACAAUUGGGGUGGUGGAGCUGCUGUGCCUCCAGAAAUGGAGAGAGAGUUGCCGCAGCUCCUGCAAUAUAUUUUGCUCAUAAUGGCCUUCUUCUUCUAUUGGAAUCUCUUCUUUGGCUGACCAACAAGCUCCUGGGACACAACAGUACCAAGAGGAGAGGUUCUUGUCCCAAGUGUUAAUGGCAAUGGCUCUUCUGUUUCUAUUCUGGCUCAUUCUUGUGUGAGGUGAAAUAGGGAAUGAGUGAGUGCUGGUGAAGAUGCUGAACCUGAGAAGUAAGACAUCAGUGUUGUACCUUUGAUUGGUUUGGUAUGGUAUAUGCUUUUGAUUGUGCAACAUAUUCUUGUUACUCUAAAAUAAGGUUCCUUAUGAGUCCAGUUGCCUUUUUAAGGAACUUUUUUUUUUUAGUGUGAAACCUGAAUAGUAAGCAAGACAUUUUGUCUUCACACACACACACACACACACACACACACACACACACACACACACACACACACACACACACACACACACACACACACACACACACACACACACACACACACACACACACACACACACACACACACACACACACACACACACACACACUAAAUCUAUCUAUCUAUCUAUCUAUAUUUAUAUCUAUAUUUAUCUGUCUAUCUAUCUGUCUAUCUAUCUAUCUGUCUAUCUAUCUAUCUAUCUAUCUAUCUAUAUAUAUAUAUAUAUAUAUAUAUAUAUAUAUAUAUAUAUAUAUAUAUAUAUAUAUAUAUAUAUAUAUAUAUAUAUAUAUAUUAUAAAGAAAAAAACUGGUGAUGAACAUACAAUAUAUACUUCACAUAACCAUCUAGUUAUUAAAAUUUAAUGUGGAAUCAGAACAACAGAAUUUUUUUUUUUUCAUAUACAGGAUUUAUACUUUGCAGUUAUUGCUGCUACCUUUGGUGGCAGAUCUAUGGUAUCAGAUUACAUUCUUCAAUUGUAAAAGAAAAUAAAGUACAUAGUAGAUGUCCAUAAUAUGUGAGCUGUUUAUAAGUUUGUUAAACAAGAAUGACUAUCAGAAAUUUUUCAAGGCAGUCUUGUGCAUGCAUUAUAAGCCACACAAUAAACAACUAAUGUGUUGACAUGUGUGUCUUACUGCACUAUACUUUUAUACUGUAAGGCUAGAUAGAAUCAGCCAUAACUCUUGACUGAGUAAGUGCCACUAAAAGAUUUACCAAUUGCUUUCAAGAAAGUAGAAACUUGUACCCUAUUUGUGAAGAAAAAAAGUGUCAGUAAAAAUCAGUAUUAAAUCUGCCAAAGUUAUCAUUUCUUUCUGAAAAGUAAAAGUAAAAAGAAAAAGAUUUCAUACCUGACUUAUUAUUAUGAUUUUUUCUUGUUAUGUGUUAUUCUUCAGUCAAAAAAUUUUGGUUAAAAGUAAUGGACAAGAAAAGUGAAUGAAGAGAAUGUAUAGUUGAAAGCAGAGUUAAUGUAGGUCUGCAAAUCAACAAAAGAAUGAACCUGUACAUAGCUGCUGCACCUUUCAGAUACUUGAAAAUAUGCCAACUCUGUAUUUUCAUUCCUGUAAUGAAACAAGGCUAUUGUCCUUCAAGGGAGAUCUUAGCCUGUUUUGUACUAUAUAGGUAGAUGGGCAAGUGUAUUCAUACAUUACCACCAACCACUGUAUUUCAGUCUACAAUCUCACAUUGUCCUGCUCCUGCAUUUGCUUUCAUGUGUGGCAUAUGUUUCACAUGUCUGCACUUUUCAGUUGUCAAGCAAGAUUAGGUUGUGGCAUGAUGGUCCAGUGGCAGGAGUUACCACACUCAGCUCACAUAUGAAUGUUUGUGGUUUCAAAUUCUGGGCUAGGGAGAGACAAAUUGGGUUUAUCAUUCAUACAGUAGUCCUCAUUCACUUAGCAGAAAAUAUGUGUAGGACAAGCCAAGGAGUUGUGACCUUGCAAGGCAUCACAAGUGGAAGACUAGUAAUGCUGCAUUUGUGUGUGUAUGUGUGUGUGUGUGGUGUGUGUGUGUGUGUGUGUGUGUGUGUGUGUGUGUGUGUGUGUGUGUGUGUGUGUGUGUGUGUGUGUGUGUGGCAGAACUCAGAAAUAAUGCUGUCUUUGGCAUCUAGUACAGAUAAUUUUGUCUGCAUCUAGCAAAUGCCAUUGGUGGGAUUGCCAUGAGUGAGUGUACUGCUGGCCAUAUUGGGGACUAUAAGAGUCAGCUUAGAAAGAUAUUGCAUUCAUUGUAAAUGGAUGUUUAUGUUAUUGAUGAUUAACUUGGAUAAUUUAAAUCAACACAAUGUAAUUUUUAUUCUUUAUUUUAUUUUUCUUGUUUGUUUGUUUGUUUAUUUAUAUUUAUUUUUUCAAAGAAGCAUGCUAAACAAAAUUCACCAAAUAUCCCCUUAAGAACAUAGACUGUAUAUUGGAAAAAGAAUGUGUGUGUGUGUUUAUAUAUAUAUAUAUAUAUAUAUAUAUAUAUAUAUAUAUAUAUAUAUAUAUAUAUAUAUAUAUAUAUAUAUAUAUAUAUAUAUAUAUAUUAUGACCUCACAAGACUCCUGACAGUGGGUGCCAAUUCUAUUCUUACUUUACCCAGUCCCUCUCUGUUGGUCACUGAACACCACAAACAGCUACCUCUUCUUGGGUCAGCUUUCCCUAGGAUACAUCCUAUAGCCUAUUGCAAGGCAAAAAUAUGCAAGGCCAGGCUACUUACAAGACCAUACACAGCAAAAAGCCUCAAGGUCUCCACCUCUGUACAUAAUACAGAAGAAAUAUAAAUCUAAUACUUACUCCCUCUGUUGAAAAGGACUCAUCAGCCACGUUCUAUGAAGAAACAGGCAAAGCUGACACCACACAAUGAGGCUUGAUAUUCUGGGGACAAAGGACAAAAAACCACCCUCAAAUGAUGUCCACCCACUGUCCUCCAGAAUAUUACAACACUCAGAUGUGAGCUCAGCUCAUCUCAAAUCUCUCGGAUGACUGACCUCGUUCCCUACAAAUUGACGAGUCUGGAGAGAAAAGAGACUAUGGAGCAUGAAACAGCACAAAACAGUGAUUAAUCCUCUGGCCAUGAAAGAUAACCCACAAGACCAGUUGCAUUUAAUUAAAAAUGAACACUAGAGAAAAAAAAGGAGUUAACUUGAGUCAGAAGAACAAACAACACAGCCAAACAGACCAAGGACACCAGAAAGAUGAGUACACAAAAAAUGACCUGUUAGACAGCACACCCCAAAAACAGCAAGAGAUGGUGAGAGCAGUUGCUCAAGCCUCAAACACAGGCCAACACAUCAUACUGAAACCAUAAGGUAUAUCUCUAAUACCCAGCCCUUACUUGAGGUGCUAUAUGUCUUAUAACUGCAAAAAUAAGUCCAUACUACCAGCUCUCACCACACACAUCUGUCUCUUGCAAACCCAAACCACCAACUGAUUGCUUCCCAGCCUGCAGAGUCUCAGGAACCAGUGGGCUAAGGCAUUCUCACACUUCAAACCAAGCACUUGGGCAGGGAGAGUGUGAUUAACUGGUGUAACCCCUCCCAAGCACCCGGAAUUCACGUUUCUGCACCUUAAAACAUCUUAACUUAAAAAAAUCAGUAUAAGGAACCUAUGGGUGCUGGCUGAAAUUUUGUUCUUUUAUGCUAGACUACAACCUUCUUUUUUUUCAUGGUAUCAGUUUCAGAAUUCUACUACAAGGGGAAAGGGGGGAAAUUAAAAGAUCAACACUGGGUUAGGCUAGCAGGAAGUUACAGUAACCGACUGCCAACAGGUCAUUACUCAUUCAACCCUCCCUCCCAUACAUAACUUACAACCCUGAUAUAAAGAACACAUGCAAUAAUUUAACUCCCUAUAUAUAUAUAUAUAUAUAUAUAUAUAUAUAUAUAUAUAUAUAUAUAUAUAUAUAUAUAUAUAUAUAUAUAUAUAUAUAUAUAUAUAUUCAGCAGACCUUUCAUUUUCUGGACUAAAAGAGUGUGAUUGUCUGGAUUUUGUGGUAGAUGUUAAAAUGCAGCACAAAUAUUAGGGAAAUAUUUUACCACACAGUGUACAGUACAUUUAACAGUUAUAUACACAUACAUGAAUCUGGCACAAAGCUUUAAUUACCAAACUACCCCUACAGCUUCUAUCCUUGCAUCUGUAACUUCUCGAUUUUCCUUUCUGAGCAUUGUAUUGCUGCUCUGGUAGGCAGUUCCCCUAUUAAUAGUGACGUUUCUCAGGGUUCCUUCCUGUCACCCACUCUCUUCCUAUUAUUUGUCAAUGAUCUAAGAAAACUUGUCCUAUUUACUCCCAUGCUGAUGAUAGCAUUCUGUAUUUUUUCUGUCUUUUAUUAGACAUCCAACCCUUCAUAGAUUUAAGUUGUUCUUGCAAGGAAGCUAGAGAAUGCCUGACUUCUGAUCUUUCUAAUAUUUCUGAUUAGGCAAAGCAAACUUAGUGUUGUUCAUUGCCACAAAAACCCAAUUCUUUCAUCCAUCAACUUGACACAACCUUCCAGAUAAGUAUUCCCUCUUCUUCAGUGACACUCAACUGCCCCCAUCUUGCACACCAAACAUCCUCAGUCUAUCCCUCACUAAUAAUCUAAACUGGAAACUUCACAUCUCUUCUACAGUUAAAACAGCUUCUUUGAAGUUAGGGGUUCUGAGCCAUUACCAGUUUUUUUCACCUCCCUUAUCUGCCCAUGUAUGGAGUACACUUCAUAUACUGCUCUCUUGAACAGGGUAAAAUAAAAAAAAUUUGCACCUUAUAAAUUUCUCUCUUCUAACUGAUUGUCUUAGGCCUCUUUCUCUUCACCACAAAGUUGCAUCUCUUACUAUCUUCUACCAUUACUUUCGUGCUAACUGCUCUCCAUAUCUUGUAAACUGCGUGCAUCUCCUCUUCCAAUGGCCUCACUGUGUGUGUGUGUGUGUGUGUGUGUGUGUGUGUGUGUGUGUGUGUGUGUGUGUGUGUGUGUGUGUGUGUGUGUGUGUGUGUGUGCAUAUACCAUUUUUAAACACUGAAGUGAUGCAGUGUAUGAAAAAUAACUCAGGGAUGAAUAUUUCUGCAUCACCAAGCACUUCUCUUUAGAUAUUCCCUGAAACACUAGUGAGGCAGCAUUGUGCCCAUCAAUCAUUUUAGUUUUCCUCCACAAGUUAUGCCAAUAUUAAAUAUUUCUUCUUUAUAAUACUGUGUUUUGGGAGGUAUUAUAUGAUGUGAUGCCUCAUGAUGGGUAAAGGCCACCUGUAUUUGACUUCAUAUCAGCAGUGAAAGAGAUUUUGUACAUAUAUUCUUUGAGUUCAUAACUUGAUAUAAUUAAGAGCUUAGGAUCAGAUUAGAAACUAUAUCAUCUUUCCAGUACUUGUUUAAGGGUGUUUGGAUGUUCAUGCUUCUGGAAAGGAAAUUGGCUGACAGUUUCCUGACAAAUAAUUAUCCUGCAAUGCAAAUGGUGAAUUCCACAAGGCAUGGAGGAUGAAAUUCUAGUUUUCUGUUAUUUGUAGUUUAGGAGUGAGAGAUGAAUAUAUAUAUAUAUAUAUAUAUAUAUAUAUAUAUAUAUAUAUAUAUAUAUAUAUAUAUAUAUAUAUAUAUAUAUAUAUAUAUAUAUAUAUAUAUAUAUAUAUAUCUAUAUAUAUAUAUAUAUAUAUAUAUAUAUAUAUAUAUAUAUAUAUAUAUAUAUAUAUAUAUAUAUAUAUAUAUAUAUAUAUAUAUAUGCGUGUGUGUGUGUGUGUGUGUGUGUGUGGAAAAAAAGUUAUUUACAUAAUUUGAAGCAACCUUAUCUGGAGAAAAAGAGGGCUUGAACUGAUGAACAUUGUUAAAAGGCAGGAUUGUGUCCCUAUAACCUUUCAUAACCUAAGUACAUAAAUUCAGAGCUUUGUAGAAAAUUCAGAAUUUAUAGAGGCACACUUACUUAGUCCCACCUCACCUAACCCUUGAGACAUUCCAUUGUAAAUAUGAAUAUUUUGACUUGUGCAUUAUGAAGGAUUGUGUUAGGAUACUGCAGUUGCUUAUUGUCAGUGCCCUAUCACCUUCCCCCCCCCUCUCUCUCUCUCUCUCUCUCUCUCUCUCUCUCUCUCUCUCUCUCUCUCUCUCUCUCUCUCUCUCUCUCUCUCUCUCUCUCUCUCUCUCUCUCUCUCUCUCUCUCUCUCUCUCUCUCUCUCUCUCUCUCUCUCUCUCUCUCUCUCUCUCUCUCUCUCUCUCUCUCUCUCUCUCAUUUACCUAUCAGAAUAAACUAUUGUUUAUCCAUCAUAGUAAUAUUCUUUAUUGCUAAUAUUUCAUAUGACUAGUUUCCUCAACACUGACCAAGAACUAAAUGUGUCCUACCUAUUUGCUCACUGUCUGGUUGUUUAACUUUUCAUUUUUAACCUUAUUACUCAAUAUUAGAAGAUUGUUAUGCACACAAAAAUUCUUAUAUAUAUAUAUAUAUAUAUAUAUAUAUAUAUAUAUAUAUAUAUAUAUAUAUAUAUAUAUAUAUAUAUAUAUAUAUAUAUAUAUAUAUAUAUAUAUAUAUAUAUAUAUAUAUAUAUAUAUAUAUAUAUAUAUAUAUAUAUAUAUAGACACACACACACACACACACAUGUAUUCUGAAGAGUGUUUUCAUCUUGAAGGUGGAUUAAGCUUUUUUGUGGAAGCUUUUAAGCUAUCUGGUAUUUUUGUCUUGAUUAUUGAUAUAGGAAAAAAUAUUAUGAUAUAUUUCAUGUGAUUUAUAUGCUAAGACUGUAUAAAUGAGUUGUAUGUCAGGGUAUGAGGUGCCAGUACUUGAAUGGGUUAUGAAUGACAGUGUGGUCCACCUGAUAAGAGAAGAUUUCUCCUUGGACUGAUAUGUCUUGAUUUUAUAUGAGUAUGAAUUGUACCCUGUUUGAUGUGGAUAUGUUAGGUGUAUUGAACCAGAGGGCCAUCUCCACUGUAACAAAGUUUUGAGUUAUUAGCUUGUAAAGUUUCACAAUCUUAUGUUAUGGGAGUUAAAUAAAAAAUAGCACAUACUGGA